CCGUACCGACCUAAUGUGAAACAGGCAAGGUUGUAUGCACGGAAAUGAAUUUAUGCCGAGCCCCAAUCACAUUUUAGGACGAGGUGGUUAAUCCAAUCAAAGUGAAGCACCGGAUGUUACGUAUGAAUGUUGAUGCUGACAGUGGAGGCGGCUGCAAUUAUUUGGGAAGCGCCAGAGGUUUAAUCACUGAAGAGAGAGGAUGUCCCAGCAGAGGAUUCUGCCCCAGAGUAAGGAGACACUGCUACAGUCCUAUAACAAGCGGCUUAAAGAUGACAUUAAAUCCAUUAUGGACAACUUCACAGAGAUAAUCAAAACGGCCAAGAUAGAAGAAGAACAUCAGGUUUCCCGCUCUACACAAGGCGAGCAGGAUAACUAUGAGAUGCAUGUCCGCUCUGCUAAUAUUGUGCGGGCAGGGGAAUCCCUAAUGAAGCUGGUGUCGGAUUUAAAGCAGUUCCUAAUCUUGAAUGACUUUCCCUCUGUGAACGAGUCCAUCAACCAGCGCAACCAGCAGCUCCGCACCCUGCGGGAAGAGUGUGACAAGAAGCUUAUCGCCCUGAGGGACGACAUCGCUAUUGAUCUUUAUGAACUCGAGGAGGAAUAUUACUCUUCCAGUGUGUGUGAUCCGAGUGAUCUUCCCCUAUGCGAGGUGUAUUGGAACAGGGAGAGCACAGCGUCAUCGCCUGAGGAUCUCUCUGUCCCACUGGCACCCAUUAUGGCAGAAGCAAGCACCGUCACAAGCCAGAUCCAUACACCCCCUCACUUAAAUGGUCAUGGAGCGGGCAUGACGGAACACACCUGAGGAUGGCGCUCACGGGAUGCAGGACACAACUGCGUUUGUUAUGGGAACAAAUCAACUUAUUUGUAUAAUGGUUCUUUAGGCCGCCUUCUUUUGGUACGUCAAACAUGUUGGACUGUGGUUAAUCAGUGGUAAAUUGUGUUCCAUUCCAGUAAUCUGUUGCAACAAAUUGGCUGUUGACUUUAGCUCUUUUACUGCUGUCAGAAUAAUGAAAGAAAACAUGCCAUUAGUUGGUAUGGAUUCUUAUGUAGUGGUGUUAUUGAUUUCCUGAGAAAUGUUACGACUCUUCCCUGCUUACUAACUUCAGAGCAACAUCAUAAGAUGUUUUUCUCAGGAAAUGAAUUUUUUAGCUUACGGUUGACUGACCAGCAGGCGGUGCUGUAGUUACCAACCACGGUAUAAGGGACAUUCCGUUACUUAAAUGUGAUAUCUGUCUGCCUCCUUAUACAAAACAUCCUACCCAUAUAAAGAGGCUCAAUAGAUUUAAAACGUAACAGACAAUGUCAGACUAGAAAAUAUUUUGAGAUUUGUGAAUUCUUUUUUUUUUAAUUGCAAACUGAAAAAUAAAGAUGUUUUUGUUUUU